CCCGCGUGACAUCACUGCGGCGAGCCCGUCGCCUCAUCAAACCUAAAGGCGCUCUGUCGUUUGGCGCUGCCGAUGCGCUCGGGCAGUUUUGGGCAAGUGAUGGGGGGGCGCCGGCUUAUUUUGAUGUUAACACCGUAAUAACAGGGAAAUAACGCGCUAGGGGCGGGACACUUUUGGCUACCGCGGGGUCCCGCCAGUGAUAAUGGGAGGUGGGGGAGACGACUGGGAUCUUAUCAGCGUUUUGCAGAGGGUCGCCUGACUUUGAUUGGACAAAGACGCCACCUUUAUCAGCGAAAGCCACGCGCCACAGCAGAUCUGCCACCAAAAACCCUUUCAAUGGUCCUUGGCAAAGGGCAAAAACCUGGACCAGGACCGGAGCAGGACAUAGAGCCAGCGUCCCGUGAAGGGGAUCCGGAAGUUGUCCGGUCAUCGGUGACCUUCAGGUGAGACAGUUAGUGCUUCCACGAAGCCGCGCUUGCCGUCCAGGAUGUAAGCGUGUGUGGUUGCCAGGGCGACGGAAGACGGGGAAUCGCCACUGGGAGAGCGUCGCAGUGGCGUCCAGGACUGGUAGCGAUGCUUUCGGCCGCCGCGCAGAUCCUGGCGUUCGUCCUGGCGCUGCUGGGCACGCUGGGCGCCACGGUGGCCACGCUGCUUCCCAACUGGCAGGUGAGCAUCAGGGUGUGGUCCAGCAUGGUAGCCCCCAUGUGGCACACGCGGGGGCUGUGGAUGGACUGCGUCUGGUACGGGGUGGGCGUCUUCAGCUGCACCACCAACAAGUCCCCGCCGCUGGCGCUGCCCCCCUACCUGCAGACCACCCGGGCCGCCAUGGUCCUGUCGUGCGUGCUGGCCGCCUUCGGUCUGUGCUUGGCCUCUCUUGGGCUCCGCUGCACCCGUUGGGGAGGCGGCCAACGAGCCAAGGGGCGCACGGCCGUGACGGCGGGGGGCUGCUUUGUCCUGGCCGCCGCCUUGUGCCUGGGCCCCGCGUCCUGGUUCACUUCCGAGGUUGUGGCCGCCUUCAUGAGCGCCCAGCAAUCCGACGGUAGCAAAUACCAGCCCGGUGGGGCGCUCUGCGUCACCUUCGUCUCCGCCGGCUUCCUCUUGGCGGCAGGCGUCAUCUUUUGCUUGUCCUGUCCGGGGUCGGCCUCGCAGGACUACCCGACCCCCACGGACAUCGCGCCGACCCGGGCGGAGAGGUGGCGUCCGCAAAGGGUCGGCAGGGAAAAAUCUCCGGUCGGUGUUGGCGCCUCCGAGCGGGAUGUGAAGGACAGUUACAGCCGGCAGGAAUACGUCUGACCUUCUCGCCUUUAUGUGACUGAGAAGAGAAGAAGGUAUUCUUUCAAGAGUUAGUAACCAAAGCCAUCCUGAUCCGGCGAGCCUGCAUGCCGACUCCGCUCCAUCUUUUCCCGGCGGCCCACCAGCGAGGCAGCGCAGCGUGGAGGACCAUAAUCAUGCUCUUAGCUUUCCAUUAUCUCCACGAUGCGCCUCGGUGCACGCACGCACGCGCACGCAUGCACGUGCGCAGCUGUAUGAAGUCAUUGAAUGUAAUCGCGAAUGUCUUCUGACCUGCUCUGGGCCUCAAUCACUUUGUCUUAAAAGGAUCUUUUGACGUGGUUUACCUCUGAAAAGGUCAAGUUCUAAAGAUGCAACGUCUUUUAAGAACCUAUGAACCCUUUACCAACACAACCGUUAUGCAAAUUUCAUAUUUCCUGAAUUGCUUUUGUAAUCAAUUCAUUUCAUAUUCACCCAACAGAUUGUCAUUUUAUAACGACAGCACAGCUUUACACAGCACAACUGGGCCUGCAGUUUCACUUCAUUGUUGAAUGAAAUAAAAUGAAAUAAAUUCCUAGCUCAGCA